AUGGGGAAAACUCAACUUCAUGUCGGCAUCAUUGGGGCCGGCCUGGGUGGUCUCGCUGCCGCCAUUGGCAUCGCCCGAGCCGGGCACAAAGUCACAAUUCUCGAGCAAGCGCCUCAGCUUGGUGAGGUUGGAGCAGGCAUUCAGGUCCCCCCGAACAGCACUCGAAUUCUUGCUCGCUGGGGCCUACUGUCCGCCCUCGAAAAAGUGUCUGUUCGUCCCAACAACUUCCAUCUCCGUUCCUACAAAGACGGCAAGAUCCUGUCAACCCAACCAAUGAUCCCAUACUGCGAAGAGACAUAUGGCUACCCGUACCUUCACAUCCACCGCGCCGACUAUCACCAAAUCCUCGUUGACGAAGCCGUCCGGCUCGGCGUCGCCAUUCAACUCGACAGCUUCGCCACCGGAAUCGAUUUCGAACGACCUGCCGUACACCUUAGGAAUCGAGCGGAACCGUUUCUCGCUGAUCUAAUCAUCGGCGCCGAUGGCUUGAAGAGUGUCUGUCGUGAAGCACUCCUCGGGCGCUCAGACCCGCCCCAUCUUACAGGUGAUCUGGCCUACCGCGUCACCGUACCAGCGGACCUGAUGAAAGCCCAUCCUCUUCUUGCGGAGUUGGUUGCCGUGCCAAAUAUUAACUACUGGAUGGGACCGGACUCACAUGUCGUCGGUUACCUCCUCAAAGGCGGCAACCUAUACAACAUUGUAAUUGUGUCUCCAGACAAUCUGCCGGAGCUAGUCAACCAGCAGAAAGCGGACCUGAAGGAGAUGAACGACCUGUUUGCCAACUGGGACCCGCAACUGCGCGCUCUGCUGUUGCUCUGCACGGACACAUCGAAAUGGCGGCUCCAGAACUCGCGUGAGAUGAUCAGCUGGUCGCAUCCCACCGGCCGCUUCACCCUGCUCGGCGACGCCUGCCACGCCACCCUCCCAUACCUUGCCCAGGGCGCCGCGCAGGCCGUCGAGGACGGCGCCGUGCUGGGCCACCUGUUUGAGAAGAUCGAGCACGCCCACCAGCUGCCCGACCUGCUAACUAUCUACGAGGCCGUGCGCAAGCCGCGCACCACGCGCGUGGUCCAGGGCAGUUCGCACCUAGGCCAGAAGAUCUUCCACCUCCACGAUGGUCCGCGCCAGAUGGAACGGGAUCGCCAACUUGUCGACUUCCAGCACGACCCGUUCGAAGGGUACCAGAACCGCUGGCGCGAUCCUGUCUUCCAAUCUUUCUUGUUCGGCUACGAUGCCAAACAGACCGUCGAGGAUGCCUGGUCGAUAUAUUUGCAGGGGAAAUUUCCCGGUACGAUGGGCAGGUUUGCGGCGCAGCAACAACAGAGCGGCCAAGGCGACGAGGUGAGUCGCAAUGAGGUCCACGCCUCUGGGUCCGCGUCGAGAGAAGUGCGGUUAUGA